CUCACCAACGGAGCUGUCGAGCAUUGAUGACGUCAGGAUGUGCGACUAGAGUCAUGCCCACAGUUGUGUUUAUCCAUGAAGUUAUGUAGAAAGAAAGAAGCUGUUUUAGUUAUUUAAUUUGAAUAUGGAAGGGAAGUGUGAGUCGUAUUUAAAUGGUUAUAAUGAGCUAUAGAGCCAACGAGAGAGUGAUAGUUAUCUUUAAGUAACUGCUAGCAUUUGGAAAUAGCAAUGUUAGCUGGCUAGUCUCAUUUCCAGGUCAUUGAUUUAUUCAACCAACAGCAUGUGAUAGUUUUGCGGUCAGUUGGUUUGGGAAAUAAGUGUUUCGACAGUUUGUAUAUGGCAUGUAAGUUAAGGAUUAUAGCUGAUUUAUAACGUAAGUGAAUGUGAAGUUUAGUGAUAAAUAAUCUACAUUAAGUUCUCACAAGACCGGAGGUUAAACAUCCUAACAUGGGCUCCAUUUUAAUAUUAAAAGUCAGAAUAUGCCUGAAACCCUUAAAGCCUUUCUUUCACCAGGGAAGUUCAGCUUUCUUUACACUAAAUACUUCUCUGUGCAAGUCACCUCAGCUGCCUCUCUCUGCACGCUUUCUGUGCACCAGAGACACUAACUCCAACCCAGGUGGCAGACAGACAGACAGAAGGAACAGUGGACAUGGGGGAGUCAAAAAUGGCACCAUCAGACGUAGGGAAGAGGAGUUGUGGGAUGAUGCUGUGAAGGGAAGAGGUAAGGGCUCCACUCUUCGGCAGAAGCCUUUCUUCCCCAAAUCUGUGUUUGCUGCUGGGACGGCAAAGUGGACGACAGAGAUACUGAAGAGUAAAACAGCUCUGGGCAUUCAGGAUGAAGAGGAGCCUGAAGGGAGGACAACUAGAAGAGCAGGGAAGGUGCAGCCUCCUGAGCGGCCGCUCUCUGCUGCUGAGUGGAGGAAGCUGAAGGAGUCUCUGGGAAAUUCGCAACGCUUUGACAUCCAGAUGAUGUGUGCGCUGUUCGCCUCCGGGGCAGAGCUGGAUAUCGCCAAGUCUCUGCUGACUUUUGUAGCCAUGGAAACAGGGACGCUGUCUUAUGAGCUGUUACUACGGUACCUGACGCUGUGUGUGAGCGGCGGCCACGACGGCGAGGUGUUUGAUGUCUAUGACAUUAUGCAGGGGAGUUUCCCUUCUCUGGAUACGGGCGCCUCCAGCCUCUUUAUCAAGUCAUUCAGCCGGACGGCGAGGUGGAGGGAGGCUGUCAGCAUCCUGCACGAGGUUAAGAAGGUCUUCACCCCAUCACCGCGCAACUAUGGUUAUGUCAUCUCAGCAGCGAUGUUACACGGUGACACGACCACUGCCUGGACUCUUUACGAUGAAUUGAUUGAAAAGGGACUGAGGCCACACCAGGAGACCUGGGACGCUAUGUUUAAGGGAGUGAGGGAGACAAAUGCGGCAGAGGCCAUGUCUCAGUCUGAGCACCACGAGAGGCUGCUGGGGAUUCUGCUCUACAUGAGGAACAACCAGAUCUACCCCCAACACAGGCUCGCCAGCAGCAUCAAGACCUGGUUUGAGAGCGUCACAGGGCAGAAAUGGACCGGAAGUUGGACCAGUGUCACCCCAAAGGGUGUGUGUAGGAGUUGUGGUUCUGAGUUAGAGUCCAUCCAGCUGACUGCUGAGGAGUACCGACAGCUGAAAGACAGAGUGAUGACUGACAUCAUUCAGGGAAGAGAUGUUUUUAUCAAGACUACGCCGGAGGAGUUGGAGAGGUUCAAGGCGUUUGUGAAGAGGAAGCCAGCUUUUGAUGUGGUCGUAGAUGGACUCAAUGUAGCAAAUUUCAACAAGGAAAAAAGCAAGCAGUCAGAGACGUUGUUGGCGGUGGUGUCGGAGCUGGAGCGUCAGGGCCUGACUGUUCUGGUGUUGGGGAGGAAACACAUGCUGCGGCCCUCCAGAUCCUGGGAGAGACACAACAUGGACCAUAUUCGACAGAAAGCUCAUUGCUUCUUCACUGAAAACAUUUCGGAGGAUGACCCCUUCUUGCUGUAUGCCACUUUGCAUUCUGGGAACCACUGUCAGUUUGUGAGUAGGGACCUGAUGAGGGACCACAAGGCCUGCCUGCCAGAUGGAGCCACCAGACGGCUCUUCUUCAAAUGGCAGAGAGGCCACCAGCUGGUAGUGGAUGGAAACCUCGCAGCAGGCAGGAGAGUCCGAUUUCAGAGUAUUCCCAGCUAUGACACCAUUGUCCAGACUUCAGCGGACUUGUGGCACGUUCCCUAUGACGACACAGAGGACAGGAGCACCUAUGAAGUACCACAACGAUGGCUCUGCCUCAGCAAAACGCACUGAACACACACAUUCAUAACUCAUAUGCUUUGAUUAUAACUGUGGACUUGUAAAUAAAACAUUUACCACAAAUAA